AUGGGUAACAGGCAAAGUUCCAAAAGAAGGGAGAGUCAGAUUGUACGUCCAAAUUUGGCAUCAGCUGUCAAUCCAUCACUUCCACCUGAAGCUGUCAAUACACUUGCAAACUGUUUGAACCGCCUGCCACUUGUUCUUGAUAAGAGGGUACGGGAUGAGGUGAUACGUCGGGUGGAACUGGUCGAGACUCCUGAUACUCCAGAAAUUCUUUUAAGGAAGGGUCAAGAGCCAUCUGGAAUUUAUGUGCUUGUGUCUGGAAAUGUAAAUGUUGUGAGUGAAAAUGAAAAAUACGUUCUGAGAGAGAUCCAAGCUGGUGAUUGUUUUGGUGAAGUUUCAGUCCUUUUUAAUAUCAAGUGCACUGCUGACGUGAAGACAGUGAACAGGUAUAGAGAAGUAUUCAGGUGUUUGAUUUAAAUCUUGACAGUGGUGCCAUUUGUGAAAGUUCUUUUUUCGUUUUUCAAAUAAUGCUAAUUAUUGCUUUGUAAAGGUACUUACAAUUACUUCAUGUUUUAGUGGAAUAAAUAAAAAAUAAUCAAACUGGCGAUUUGCUGUGUUGCUAUGAUGGAAAAGAAAGCAAAAUGCAAUGGAUAUGGUUGAUGAGAAAUUAGUACAUUUUUAUGUGAAAGGAAAGAUUAUAAAUCAAGCAUUGCUUCUAAAAAAUGAAGUGUUGUUUUUAUAACACUGUAGUUUAAUGAAGUCAUUUUUAAACUUUUACAAAAAUCUGUCAAUUCUUUAAUGAUUCUUUGGUCUUUAUAAAUACAUAAAAUGAAGAUAAAGAAGUUAUAAAUGCAAGUGACUGAGUAGGCUCUUUAUGUACAUAAUGUCGUGGAAAAUUAUUGUGAGGUAUAUAUUAUGUGUUAUUGACCAAGCAUGAGGUCAAUAUGGCUGGAUAUUAGUUCUUUUUUGCAUUUUUAUUGACCAAGAUGAAGUAGAGGUCAAUAUUCAGUCCAUCUUGACCAAAUAAGCUUGGACGAUAAAAGAUUUAUUAUAUGGCCAAAAAGUGAACAUUUACUUGCGGGACCAACGUGGGAAAUCCCCAGCAGGCAAGAUGGACCCGUCUUACCUGCUCAGGUAGCCUAUCAGAAUGCAGGAUUCACUUCAUCUUGCCUGCGUGCGGAUUCAGCCUUAUAAUAAAGCAUUUUACACCAGGAUCUUAGAGUUAUUUAAAAUGAUUCGGGUUUCCAGGCACUUAUAAAGUCUACUUUGGAUCACUUUGCUCCUCUAUCUUUUCAAUUGACAUGUGUCCAUUAUCUUUUUGUCUUUUACAAGGUGUGUAAUUUUGUUGCUAAGAACUUCUGAUGCUCGUCAACUGUUUACAUUUCCAAGUGAAGUGACGCUGUUGCAGUGGUUUCAACAGAGGUUAGUGUCACCUAUCUCAUGUGCUUAUAAUGGAUGCUAAAAUAAAUAAGUUAAUGUGAUAAUUUUGGAAAAUCUGUUCUCCUGUUGUUCCUUUAUAUAGCAAUGUGACACAUGUAUAAAGUUUAGGUCCUGUUCGCACUAUACAAAUUUUUUUUUUGUUUUGCAAAAAAUCUGUCAACAGGAAGACAUUGCUAGUUCAAAUAAUUUUUUUGAUGUACCAAAAUGUUCUCAAGUGUAACCAAACUUCAAAGAUUCCAUACAGAAAGUUCAGAGACCUACAAUUUUUUGUCAGUUGACAAAAUCCUCUGUUCUUUGACAGCUGUGUAUAAAAUGCUCUAGGCAAUUUGCUACAAAUGCAAGAUGACGUUGUACAUAGCUCUACCAACCAGCAUGGAGUAUACAUGUUAUUGCGGUCAAGUGCCUGUACAUGUGUAUUUAAGUAAUAUAAAAAUUUAUUGGUUCCGUCUAAUUAUGUUAUUACCUGAGCUAAAAGCUGGGGCUGAUUAUUCACUGAAAAUGAUAUUUAUUAUCUGUGUGUGUUUGUGCUAUUAAUAGGAGAUACUUUGACACCAGUAAACUGUUCAACAGUCAUCAGCUGUCUCGUGAGAUUGCUCUUGAUGUGCUACAAAGGGUAAGAUCUUGAUAUUUAGUAAUAAUUAAAAUUAUACCAAAAGUAAUUUAGGAACUGUAUUGAUCUCUGUUGUCUUGAACAUUUUUUUUUUAAAAAAGCAAAUAUCAAUUUUAAGCAAAUUUUUAAUUUUAUUACAUGUAGGUUCCUUAAAGUAAUUUAUUUUUGUAUUAUAGUCUCCAGUGUUGCAUGGUUGGAAGAAAGAAGCUUUAGAUGCUGUAAUAAAGACAGUUAAACCUGGUAAAUUAAACUUAAGUUAAAAAGAUAUUUUAAUAUCAUUUUAUUAUUUAAAAAUAAUAGUAAUUUGAACUAUUCAAAUCAGCAACACCUGACUGAAAAAAAAAAAGGUUAUUGUUGUGUAAACUACCGAAAUUGAUUGAGGAGCACCAUUACAGUAUUUUGUUCUGUGCUGCUGUAAAUGCCACAACUCAUGGAAAAACUUCUGAAUUUUAUUUAUUUUUAAAGUUCAGUUUUACAUGUAUACAUGUACUUGACCACGAUUUAUUUAGGGCUUGCAUAUUUGCCAGACAAUGAGAAAAAUGUUUAACAGAAAAAUAACAGGACCUUUUUAAAGGAAAGUUAAUUGUUACAUUGCAGAAAUUAUUAUGCUGUAUCCUGCAAAUAGCAUUAUUACCAAAGAAGGAUGGAAGGGGCAGGAAAUAUUUAUUCUUGUUCAUGGACAGUAAGUACAUUGUAUAAAUUGAUAUUAUAUUCCUUCCUGUGUAAUUGGUUUAAUUCACUUUUUUUGUGUUUAUAGUUUGAACCGCUUUAAGACUGAGUGACUGCUGUAACUGAAUUUUAAUAUGAAGAAAUAGAAACCCUCUGUUUAAUAAUACAGUGGAACAUCCUUGUGACCACCCCUUAUUAGAUUCAAAUAUCAAAAUUUUCCUGGUCAAAGUUCUGUGAUAAAAUUAAACCUCUCAUAAAAGACUACCCUUUUCAUUGUUUUUAACUUCUUGUAAUUAACCACUUGACGUAUGGUCUGACCUCUGACCUGCUCCUUGUUCAUUGAAUAUACUAUGCCGCUGAAAGUAUACAAAGAACUUUCAUUGACAAAUUGAAACCACUCAUAUCAUAGCUUAGAAAUUAAGUGCAAUAAAUUCUCUUCCAAAAAGAAAAUGUGUCUGGACUUUUCUCGGAAGAGACCUGUUGCGGUUUGAUUUCCAUGAGUGAUCUCCCAUAAGCAACCACGAAAUUGCAUUUUGGGCGGUCGCUUAUGGGAGGUUCCACACUUUAUAAUGGGCAGUGUCUUGGUGCUGGGGACAGGUGAAAUCACCAAAUGGUGUAAUACAAAAGCAUGAAAAGACACCUCACAAUACCCAAACCACGACACAAUAGCUAACCAACGAUAGUUUCCUCAACACCAAGAAAAAACUGUAUAAUGCACCAUGCCCAAAUAGACUAGGAACUGAUAAGGUGGUGUGGCAAUCUUUACGCUAAAUAUUAAGGGCACUAAUUUUUAUUUGCGUUUGCCUUAGAACCUUUAUGAUGAUCCAAGAGAAAAGAAAAACUAGCGUUCAAUUUGUUUUGGAGUUUUCAAACCAAAGAAAAAUUUGAACCACAAUAACAUGGUAUUUGAAACUGAGACAAUGGUUAAUAUGAACUCACUGUUUAGUCUAUUUGUACUCACCAGGGUGACGUUUUCCACAGGGGACCAAGAGCUUGCUACUUUUGCUGCUGGAGAAAAAGGCUUCUCCUUUGGUGAAGAAGGUAUGUUGUUAUUAACUUCCCUUUAAGGGGCUAUACAUGUACAUAUGUGACACCACAGUUAAGGAGUUGAAUAGACGUGAGGACUGUCAGACUCCUCUGUUAUAUAUCAGGGGCAUCCAACGGCUGUUAAAAUAUCUGUUUGGAGAAGCAGAUGUUGCCUCAAAUUUUCUUCUGCUUGAGGACAGCUAAAAAUUUCUAGAUGACCGUUCCUUUCACGAACAAUUUUCAAAGGAAAAGCUUAUCUUAUAAAUUCCCUACAAUUUUCUAAAGUUUAAUUUUUCACAUUUCACUCCCCAGGUUAGGCUCUUUUCCAGAGAAAAAAGGAAACCUGAAAUUUUCGGAUUCAAAAAUGUGAUGGAGAGAGGAAUCAGUAAAAUUCUCACUUUCAUAAUAUGUUAAAUUGCCUCUAAAAGUUUUGGAAAAAAAUAAUACCUUAUCCCUUGAAAUUUCGAAAAAGACUCAAGUUCGCCUAGGGUGACCGAGCAGCUAUGAAUUUUAAAGCGCCAUUUUUCUGCAGAUCUAAAAGUACCCUGGGUAGCCUGAAAAGUGUUUUCAAUGGAUUAGGAGGAAACAGUCAUUGGGUGGCCCUGACAUUUGUGGACUGGAAGGUGCACAAUGUUCAGUAGCGUGUGUAUCAUUAAUUUGGAUCUUUCUGACCAAUAAAAGUGUCGCAUUAAUUUAUUCUCUGACAAGCAAAAUAAAAACUUAAGGAUUUUAUGUGCAGAGUCAGGGAGCUCCUAACAUACAGCUGUAAUCUGCAGUGCUGUUGUUUUUAUCUUUGAUGUUUGCCAUUUUUCAUAAGCAGUCUCCUCUACUAACUAUGGUCAUGAAGAUAUUGCUGCUGUUGUUGUCAGUUCUCAUCUCUUGUAAAUUCAUUUUUCAGAUCUUAGUAUUCUAACAAUUCAACUUUAUUCACAUGUUAAAAUCGGCCUCGCCUCGGUUUUCUGUUCAACAUGGGUUACAAGCAUUAAAUCAGAGAAAGAUAGAUUGAUUCACUGAAAAGAAAACCAAGGUGACAUAAGAAAUUGCUCAAAAGAUGAAAAAUUAAUGCCUCGAAAAGCAUCUACUUACACUAGGGUGAAUUGUCUCUCUGUUUUCAGUUUUUAUAUUCACAUAUCUUCAGUUCUUCUCAACUGCUAGGAAAAACUGAAUUUUAAAGCUUGCACUCACUUUUAAACCUACCCAGUACCCUUAGGGGAAUUUUAGGGGACACAUUGCUAUGGGCAAUCAAUUUAAUUAAAUAACAGCUGCUUUUACAAUGUACAGUGCUGUAGGUCAAUUCCGUGCUUUAGUGAUUUUAUUAAGUACCUUUACCCAUACACAAAAAAUAAUGCACCUGUAGAGUUAUGAAGAAGAUAUUAAACAAAAUAGUUCCAUCACAGAGCACUCUGCACUAACCAUGACAUUUUUUUGGUGAUUUUACUGAGAAGGAAUAUCAUCAAAAAUUGAAUAAGCUGGCCCAAAUUUUCAAGUUUCAAUCUAUGUGUAAUCCUCACCAUCCCUUGCAACAGAAGUCAGUAAAGCUUCAAAAACAAAACCCAGCUUCUUCUUCUCAGUAACUGCAGCCACUUGUUUUUUUCGUAAGGGGGUUAUGUCAUGUAAUAGAUCAGUGGUAGCACUUUUUCUAAUCAAUUGAAUUCCAAAAAUAAUGGUCCAGUUUUAAUAAUACAUGUACAUGUAUUACUAAUACAGUUUUUUUACUACCUCUCAAAAGCGACCAUCUCUUAGAUAACAACAUUUGCUACCAUUAAUUAAAGUUGAUUUCAGACUGUACGUUGGGGUACGGGAUGUUGAAUGUUUGUCAGAAGUGAUGUAAGUUUUCUUUUGAGUGAAAGUUUUGCUAUUAUGGAAGGAAUUUAAUUGUUACCAUAAAUAUUUUGUCCAGGCUUCAUUGUGAGUAUACAACACCAUUCAAAUGUUGUGUGACAUUGUACGAAUAAAUACUGCAAUUUAUCAUUCAGGUUUUUUCACUGGGACUGAGAGAAGAUCCACUGUGAGGUAAUAAUUCAGAUAAAACAUAAUCUAGACCCAUGGUUCCCCUCUGAAUAAUAGGCCCUCAUAAUCUGAAAAUUACUACUGUCAAACCUCUUUAAUAUGGACACCAAAGGGACAGAACCAAGUGUCCUCUUUACAGAGGUGUCCGUAUUAUAGAGGUAGAGAAUGUACGAUUUUUGGCAUUUCUGGGACCAAACGAACUGUAUGUCCGUAAUGGAGAGGUGUCAGUAAGGAGAAGUUAGACUGUAUUGUCACAAUCUGGAAAACAGCUCUAGAAAAGAAAUAAUAACAACAUAUAAUUAUUUUGUACCCUUAAAAAAUUGUAUUAGCAAGGCUGUGCUCUAAGGAAAAUUGAAGGGAGCCUAGUGCUCUGAAACUUUAAAAUCUAGGGUGCCGAGCAUUUGAUUUGUAUGAAAAAAGUUAGAUUCGCUAGUCACCUGAAAGCAAAAGUUAGGCACCAUGGGCCACCGUGCUAUGCUAGAGCACAGCCCUGAUUAGUAAUACAUGUAUUUAAUAAUAAUAGUUAUUGUGGGAUACAAACUACAUGUACAGUGAUUUUGUUACAAAUAGUUAUGGUGAGUCCUGGGACUCAUCUUGUGAAAAAUCAUGAGUCCCUGCUGUCCAUAACCAAUGAGUCGCAGUUCAAAAUAACAAGGAGUCUUAAAUUGAAAAUGCUUUGGCUUUUAUGCAAGCAGACAAUUAAUCUGGAGGCAGACGCCAAAACUCUUUUUUACAGUUUACUGAAAUUAAAAUGUAUAGUCCAUCUAUGAUAUUUAAAGCACAAAAAAGACAAACAAAUAUGCAUCUUUAAACAACAGCCACAGAAAUCACAUGGACAGGAUAUAAUGUAUGAAUGAACUUGCUGAAAAUAUUAUCACAAAAAUAUAUUUCCCGCAAGAAAAACCAGUCCUCAUUGUUCUCAAAAAUUAGUUUCCACAAACCAGUAGUUAAUGUUGUGAUGAUUGUAUAUUGGGGGGUUCUUUCAUUUUAUACAACAAACUUUAUUGAUUUACAGCCCUCAGCAAACUCUUUUACUGCACUGAACUAUACACAGUUGUAUACAGUCAGUGAAAGUUUUUGAAAGUGACCUCCUUGAGAAUGUGCAAGUGGUUGCAACUAAAGCUGGUCAUUUUAUAUCAGAGUAGAUUCUUGUCAAGUUAAAAAGCUGAAAGUGAAAAGAAGUAUUGUUUGUUCUUUAGGUCAUCUGGGCCUUGCCAGGUCAUUACGCUCCGAGAAGAAAACUUCCAUGAUGCUUUCAGUCAGGUUUGUUGAAUGAUGAUUUAUUUAUUAUUAGAAGACAAUUUAAUUAUUACUAUUCCAGUUGGCAAAGAAAAUGUGGACACAGUAAUCCAAACUGUGCAGGUGUAUCAUAUUAACUUUAACAUGCCACUUGAUCCCAUACUGUACAUAAAUAGUGUUAAUAUUUAUGGGUGGUUUAAAAGGUGUGAAUGUGUUAAGCUACUACGCUGUAAAUUAUCUGUCUAUUGUGAGGUCCACUGUGAUUUGCCUGCACAGUUUUGACCAGGGACCUUGUUAUUCCUCACUUGUUGCUGUUGCAACAUCUAAUACAGCCGUUUUUGGUGGGCCAACAUGUUUGUUCAAGUUUCAACAUAUCUUGAAGACUUGUGUUUCAUAGCAUUUUGCAAUUUCAAAUUAAUUUAAUGAACAUUGGUUAGAAAGCUAAUAACAUCCCAUGAUAUCUAAAACGCUUUAAUAUUAAGGUUUCUAAUUUCAUUAACUUUUCUGUUAUUUCAAUUUUGUUCCCUGCUUGCAGUUCACAGCAGAAGCAUCUCUACUGCAAGAACUGAAUGUAAAGUGGAAACAACAAGUAAACCAGAGAGAUGCUGAGUUGUACACAAAGUAUGGAGGUGCUUUGGAUCUCGAGGUUUGAAACUUUCUUGUUUUUCUUUCCAUUUACAUUGAUGCUCAUAUACAUGUAGAUGCCUGUGUAGAAAUAAUUACUGCAUUGUUCUUUGCAUGUUGUCCAUACUUAAAACACAUUGACAAUUGUCUGCUAAGGAGGUUUUUUCUUCUUCUUUUUUUUAUCAUUUAUGAUCAUUUCUUUCAUUUCCUCGUUACCUUUUUGUUUUGGAUAUCUAUAGAGCUUGAGGUGAAUUAAUAUUCGUACAGUGUCACAACUUUAAUUUUUUGAAAUCUUUUUGGGGGAUUACAUUUAGCUUGAUGUAUAUUGUCUUGCUAUGAUACCUUCUUUUCCUAAAAGACUUCUUGAUUUAAUUAACAAUUAACAGUGUUUGUUUCUGUUAUGGUUUUCUUAGAUUUUGAGGAUGACUUUGAAGCAGGUAAAUAAAAUGGUUAAAGAGUGGUGAUUGCAGUCUCAGACAAAAAAAAAGUCACUUGUACCCUGCCUUUUUGGAUUAAAAUAAACACAAUGAUGAUGUUAAUUUCACAAUUGCGAAAUAUUAGAUCUGAGGAAUUAAUAUAUUUGUUAAAUUUUUAAUAUUCGUCUCGUCCAGGAUUGAAUGUUAGUAACCAUGUGCUAGUCCAUCGUAGGUUUAUUCCCCAGCAGUAUGUCGCCGUUACCCAUUAAAACACUUGGGUGAAGAGGGACAAAGUGGAGUAAAGUUCCUUGUCUAAGGAAACGCGACGGGCGAGGCUUGAACCUCGGACCUUCAGAUCUUGAGUUCGAGGUGUUAACCACUCGGCCACACACGCCUCCACAAGCGGCCAAGAGAUCCUUAUGAUUAAGCAUUCACAACUGUUGGUAUAGGGAAAAAGUUUAUGAAAACUACGGAUGAUCUUGUCAAAUAUGAAGUAAUAUAAACAUUACAAAUAAUCGUUUCAACUACGAAAUACUCACUCAAUAAUUGUUACCUACUUCACUCCGGAGAAGUGGUUGCCAAAUUAAAUAAAUUAGAAUUUAAAAAAAUUAAUUGAAAAGAAACGAAUACGAGCAGUUAAAUUAGUUUAAAUUUAAAUGGUUGGGGUUUGUUUACCAGACAGAUGAGUUCCAGCACUGUCCUCCUGGUUUUUUAUAUCUUAUUGCAUUGUCCAUGGUCAUCAAGGAAGUUCGAGCAGAUGAAGCUGUGCUGUCUAAGAGACAAUACCAAGAUGGUAAGAUUAUACUGUUCUGCAAAAUUUAUCAAUCACUAACAACCACGGUGGUACAGAUAGUCCUACUCAGUGAAUCGACUCUUAUAUCGCCUGAUGAAGACCUGCAGUAUGCAGUCGAAACGUCGCAAUCAAUAUCUAGGUGAAUCAUGAGACAAACUAUAAACGAACCGCUUAUAUCAUUUAAGUUGUUUCUAUCUUUUGAGUUGUGAAAAUUCAGAUAAUCAAUGAUAAUAAAAAAAUAAUUUCCGUUAUUUACCCUCAGCUGUAUUUAUAGCACUAAUGUUGGGGGGGCGAGCAAAUUCCUAAAACAAACAAUUUAAAUCAAACAUAAUGUGGUUAAGAAUCCCAACUGGCCUGAGGCAAGCCAGUUGGCUAUUUACAAGCGUGGCCAAGGAUUUGGUUAGUAUACAACUAGCAUGUCGAGUCUGUGGACGAAAAUGCUUAAGUGUGAGCCUUCACUUACCCAGGUUUUUCAGGCUAUUUGGCGAAAAUUGCCUAUUUGUGGUGUUUUUUUUAUAGCUUUUAAAUAUUUUUAAUCUUAUUAUUGUUAUUUUUUCUUUUGGUGAAAAAUGUUUUUAAGGCCUCGUCCAAAUUAUUCCGUAUAUUUUCGAAACCACAUUUUUCUACGGGAAAAGUAUCGACUUUCCGCCCACACGAAAACAGGGAAUCCGCGCGAUAUAUUUCAUCCGCGGACUAUUCGUGUAAAAAAUACGAAGUUUCAAAAAUACCCUGAUUCGUGUGGAUGAGAUCCGGCUUAAUCAAGGGAUGGUAGCAUCUAUACCUAACCCGAAUCUGAAAUCCCAGUGGUACUAGGCAGCUUAAGUAACAACUACGACGACGGCUACAAAAACGCCAUUAAAAAGUGAAUUCGCGCUGCCUCCAACGUAUUCGCUGUUAUUCCAUCUCGUUCAAUUUGUCAAAUGUUGGCAAAUGUUUCUGGAGUUGAUUUCUAAAAGACUUUAUCAAAGUUCAUGAAAAGAAAAAGAAAGUUGAAAUCUUGUGUUCACGUCCUAGACUAGGCAUUUUUUACGUUGUAGUCGUGCAGCGACGGUAAAGAAAUGUACAAAAAAGCGUGCUGCACGUGCGAAGUUGUUGUUUUGCUUAUUAAACCUACUGCGUUUUUUUCCAUUCUUGUUGACGUCGCCGUCGUCGUUGCUUAAGCUCUUUACUGUUACGAUGGGCUACAUACUACACCAUAUAGUGCUGGGUUUAAACGUGUCCUCUGUUAGAAGCUUUACACAGAUGGAAGGAGUAUUUUUUUAUAUCCUUUUUUUUAAAGUUACCCUGUUUAAGGUUGUUGAACUUGCUGAAAGAAAAGAAGAAAACAAAACCAAACAAAACCAACCAACCAACAAAAAACAAUCGAAUACGCAGACACGUACCCUACUGUCUAUGAAUCGUACAUGGCUUGAGAAUUUUAAGAAACAUUUUUUCUCUUCCAGGAUAGAUAUUCACGAUGUUUCUUAAGUUGAAUGAUUGUUUGUAUGUUUUUGUAGGUGGUACUCUCUUUGUAGUACUCCAAGGAAGUGCUGAAGUGAUGAAAGAUGAUAUAUCUGCAUCACACACCGUGGGGCUUAAACAAGUCUUCUGUAAGCAGUUUUUGCGUUAAGUGCUGCUAACCGAAUGAAUGCACUCAAAAAAUUGCCCGCUUCUGAUCAAAUCAAGGCUUGUUUGGCGGGCGGGGAGAGGAAAUGGUAGGGGACGGGAGAUGGUGGGGAGGGUGGUUGGGGUUGUAAGGUGGUCGAAAAACUCGUCACAGUUACAGUACUCGUCACAGUCAAAACACUCGUCACAAUCACAACACUAGUCACAGUCACAACACUCGUCACAGCCAACAGACUCAUCACUGUCACAACACUCGUUUUCAAAUUCCGUUUUUUCACGUCCAGCACAGCUGUACAUAGGUUAUGCAAUUUCUGGCUGAAUUCGUGGGUUAUUCGAUAACAGCUUAUAAACGUAUAGCGUUUUGCCAAUAAUCAACCCCAAGAAAGUUGUGGGUUUAGGUAGUUUCAGACCACUGAAAAGAACUGUAGAUAGCGUUAUCCACCGGAUAAAUCACUAUCCAGAAGUUAAGUAUUAGGGAACCAUGUGCGCCAUCGAGUGGAUAGAGAUUUAUCUAGUAGAUAGCGUUAUCCACCUUUUGAACAACUAGCCGGCCUGACAAUUAAUCACCCGUUUGUUCCUACCUACAAUACUAAAAAAAGGAAGGUUAAAGGCUUGUUUAUAGUGGAAAGAGCACUUAGCUUGUCCAGCUAAUUUACAGGCACUCCACUCAAAUAUUAGAAACAAAUAAUUCAAAUACAACAUAACAGGAUUAAAAACCCCAACUGACAGAAGGCAACCAGUUGGCUAUUUACAAGCGUGGCCGAGAAUUUGAACUCGGGACGACCGAGCACAAAUCCAGCAAGUGGCCAGAGCGGGACUCGAACCCGGGACCGCCGGAUUGCGAGUCCGACGCGCUGACCACUCGGCCACUCUGCCUCCCGUAGAUGUGAUUAUGUGAUCAUGUCUAAAUUUGUAAAGUCUAGUAUGUUUCGUACAGAUAUCCACAUCAGAUUUCUCUCUCUGCAAGCCUAGUUUGUACCAAAAGGCCUUGCAGACAUUAAGCAAUUUCGUGUUGCCUUAAGGCUUAAGAAUUGUUACGCCCGAAAGAUGGAUUUUUGAAAACGUGUUUACCUAAAAUCGCCGCUAUAUUUGAAUGAAUUGAAUUGAAUUGAAUUGUCUCAAUGGACCUCAGUCUCGCUAUCUGGUAAUAUCUCUGGUCCACGAUUAUUGGCUCGCUCAAAGUUCUGCAAUCAGUUUCGAGCAUUGUGUACAGCCUGCCAAACAUGUACCAGGUAUGCUUUACGGAUCACUGUUGAAUUACAGAUAAGACUUACGAUAAUAGAAACAAAGGGAAACAGAAAUGAAAUCUUAGUAUACGUAUUUAUUUGAAGGAAUCUGCUCACAAUGAACAUAAGAAGUGUUAAGACAACAUGUAGGAUAAUAUUCGUGUUGAUAUUGAGGUUAACCAACUCAAGCUCUAAAUGAGUUUGACUAGCUCCUAUCGUUUUUGCUCUUUUGUAGGGAAGGCUGUCAACAUGCCUGUCCGGGGAUGGGUAAAAGCAACGGAAUUGUGUGUGGCAGCUGUUUUCCCAGAGGGGGUAGUGAGAGAAGCCGAGAGUACAUUCCCCGAUGUUGUGCUUCUCAGACAUUGAGCAAGCAUUCUUUGGAUGGAAUAAGAUAACGCUUAACGGGUACCGUGUCUGGGUUCUUCAGGAAUUAGUUACGUGCUUGAAUAGUGACAUUUUGCCAUCGUUUGUCUUCAUUGACACCUCUUAAUGGAAGUCACUCUCUUUCCUCCCCAGAGGCCUCUUUGUGUUGUGGGGAGGCUGAAAGAAAGGAGAGCGCGCGGGGCACGAUGGGAAGGGGGAUGAGAGAAGUGAGGCCUUUUCCCUCUUCCUAUCGUCCCCCGCGCGCUUUCUAUUUUUUUCACUGCGAGAAAAAGUGAAUAACGCGGAGUCAAGGAGACUCACCAGCACCUCUUACUGAAGAGAAUCUCAAGAAGCUUUAAAGACAAUCAUCUAUUUGCAGACAUUAAACUUCUCUAAAAUACACCAUAGCAAGACAAGCUAGUUUUCGGUCGGCGGGGGACGGAGAAAGUACAGACUUAGUAAGCGAUGAAGUGAUUUUGAAGGACUCACUCCACGAAGAGGAAAAUAAUGAAAAGGAAGCAAUCUGUGAUGAAAAAGGAAAACAAGAGCGAAACUCUCCUAACAUUGUUGUUUUGGAAACCUGAGUAAACGAGAGAAAACAAGAUCACUUAAAAAUUCAACUCAGUUACUAGUACUGUUUUUCAAUAGACCGUUGGGAGAAAGUCAAGUCUCCCUUCUAGCCUUCCCGAAACAAUUAGAACCCAGGAGAAACUCAAAACAAUUGAGAAGAGAAACACGUUUACUCUACAAAGAAAGGUGUCAAGAAUGCCCGGUGCUGGUCUAGUCUAUGCGAGGGCCGGCUGCAACUCAACAUUUGCAUGUUUAAAAGGGCAUUUAUUAAAAAAAAGAAAAAUGAAAAUGUAAAGUUGACCGACCACAGUUCCAUGCGGCGUCAUGCCCGAUUUCAUUCACCAAAAGCAGCCUCGUUCCCAGUCCUCCUCGGCGAUUUCGGAUGUGACGUCACCGGUGAAGUUUGUCGGGAAAGUUCACCGAGGACUCGCGCUAUCGCACUCGGUUCCAAGCCUCCUCUGGUAACUCGGAUAGCGCGAACUGGCCUGGGUACGAGACUGCACCAAAAGAUGGAGAAUUUGUGACGUACCGUCACAGUAGCCUGCAAACGAGGCGUUUUUUGUGGAGCGAACCAUGAUCAUACUCUUUUCGGGACUAAUACUCUCCCGCCAUCUUGGACGUUCAAAGGAAAAAAAAUAGUUUCAAAGAAAGGUCACAACAACCAAGUGUAGAUAUUUCUGUUUAAGUGUUUAUGUAGUUGUGGACACUACAAGACCUUACAACUAUGCUAUAUCUUAAAAUAUUUGGAAAUUUUGUGAAGUGAAAGGCCAAGGCAACCUCCAAAACACAACAGCUAAAUAUAAAUAUAUCACUACUUCAACUAUUGAACUAAAUUUUCACUAAAUAACCGUC